GGAAAUUGCUGCAACUCAUGCAGGAACGUGAUGAAGACAACAAACGACUACAGAACCAAAUCAGCAGACCUACAAAUCAGUUGGAUAACAAGGAGAAACGGCUCCAACAACAGGGAGGAGAAAUUGACGUUUUGAGGCACGAGGUGCAAGAGAAGCACACGACUAAUGAACGUCUGGCAAGAGACUUGCAACGACGUGAAAGGGCAAUGCAGGAGCUGGAGAGACUUCAACAUCAAUAUGACAGCGUUAUACAGAUCCAUGAUGACAGUUUACACAUGACUGGAUUAAAGUUGGGAACAGGAGCUUAUGGAGAACAAGCAGCUCUCUUGUCUGAAAGUGAGGAUGUAAAGAAGAGAGAUGACAGACAAAGUUGUGAAGUCACACAGCAGAUUGAGAAAGAAGCAGCACAAAAAGAAGAAGCAAACUACAGAAAUGAUGCUGCCAACGUCAUACAACUGCACUCCAAGUCUGAAGAUGACUCACAACCUUCUUCGUUCAAUCUUCGUGAAUUCAAAAUGGAGUUGGAUGAAGUCAAAUCUAUUACAUUAGAUCUGGGAAAUGGCAAGUAUGUUAAGCUGUUUCAGACAUUCUCUAUCAAACAAAUAAUUGGAGCACAAGGCGACAUACUGAGUUGUCCGAGAGGUGAUCAGAUGAUUCUUAUUCCAUCAGGAGCUCUCCAGUCAGAUACAGAAAUCGAAGUUACAUUUUAUCGAGUUGUUGAGUCUGUUGGCCUGGACAGUUCGGAAUUUGUGACAAACCUGAUGGAGAUCACUCCACAUCAACUCAAUUUUAAGAAGUCAGUUGAGAUUUUGAUGCGUCAUCAUCUGUUUAUUGAAGGCGACAGCACUAAAGUUACAGUCUUGUUUCACAGUGCCAAGCCAACAGACAGUAGCUUUACAUCUCUCUGUCAGCUGUCGUCAGUUAACGACACUGCUUUGGCCAAUUUCAUGACAAUGUCUCUUUGGGAAGAUUUCGUUUACAUCGAAACUUCUCAUAUCUGUAGGUUUGGCUUGCAUUGUAAAGACAAGUCUCUUAUUGAAGUUUGGGCAUCAUUUCAUACACCCAAGAUUCCACACCCUGAACAGCAUAGUGUUACUCUGUGUCUUUCAGCUAGUCGACCCGACCCCAGUGAUGAGAAAUUUAUUCAUAUGGCUGGUGGUGAAUUAGAGUGCAGGUAUUCUACAUUGCUGCCAUUGGUUUGUGAAGAACAGGAAGAUUUACACGUGACUGUUCGGAUUCCUUCAGAUAUGGAAGGGUGGAAAGCUAGGGAAGAUUUAGAUCUAAGUCAAACAAUUUCUUACAAAAGCAUUCGAAACUUGGUUGUGCUGGGCAUGCAAUAUAUUAGUACAGACUUCGGUUUCAUAAAAGAGAAAACAUCAAAAGUUGAUGUGAUGGAUUUUGCUCCCAUUUUUAUGUUAAAUAACAUUCGAUGCAUUCUGCUUCCAUCAGCUUUUCAAACAUCUGAUUCGGGUGCAAUUUCAAGUGGCAAUCAGCAAACAAAUGUUCCCGACACAUCCAGGACCCUAACAACUGAUUUCACAUUGACAGAUGCUAGCAAUUCACUACCAUUACAAGUUCUUUCAAAAAGCUGCUAUACCAUGGGUGAAUCAACGUCAGCUGAAUAUCAUCAGAGGCAAAAUGGCAUUGCAUUUACUGAGCCAACUGUUGUUGCUGAUGGUACUUUCACUAGUUUGUCAGACAGUCGACAUGCUAAAGCUUUGGAUAGAAUUUCUCCUGGAUCCAAGUCACUAGACACAAGCACUACUUCACUCAAACAAGAUGUCUCUCUAUCUCUGCCGGUUUCAGCUGGCCUUGGAUGGAAUUGUGAAUAUAUUGGCUUGAAUCGACCUGUUACAGACAGUGACAUUGACUUUCUGUCUGGAUAUGACCAAGUUGCCAAGAAGUCACUUCAAAUAGGAUGGCUGUUGCUACAAGAUGAUGGAUACUCAAUGAAAGACAUCAAUGUAGUCAUGAAGGAUGUUCUAGAUCAACCAGAUUGUGUGAAAGUCACUUAUAUUAUUGAAGAAUGGAGGCGAAGGAGGAAUGAAGCAACUGCUAGAACAUUGGUUGAUGUCUGCUGUCAUCAAUCAGUAGGUGGUGACAGGUCAUAUAUUGAACAUUCGCUCAUGUUUUCUAGUCACUCUCACAGUGCUUCUCAUGAUGAGCAUUACGUUCACUCUGCAGUCGAAGCGAGUGCACCAGCAGCAUUGGAUUCAGAGUUUUGUGCAGCAACUGGAAAUGACAGCUGCAGGUUACAGUUGCCUCUACUUGCUGACAGACUGAAGAAUGCUGCUCAACAGGGUCAUCUUGGGGGCUUCAUAAGACCCUGGUGUGACAUUCCUGUUCGUAUUGUUUUAGAAGUUUCUCAUUUGUCUGCAUGGAGACCAUCAGCUUUAGGUGUUCACUUGGGUGUCUCUGCACAUGAUUUGUCAACUGUACCCGACACCAACAUUCCAAGUGAAAGAGUCUAUAAUAUGAUAGACUUCUGGAUUGAGAGAGAUGGGAAAGAAGCUACGCUCACUAAAUUGUUGGAGGCAGUGAAGGGGAUUGGUAAACUGGGAGAACUGGAAGGGAGAGUGACAGCUGAUUUGCCAUGAAUUACAAGUCACAUGACAUAUUCUUACAAUUAUUUUAGCAUUUUAGAAUUAUUACAAUUUUUACAAUUGUA